GUUAACCGAAGGAUUCAGUUACUCAGGAGCUAAAGCAAACAUCAGAGUAUGGAAACCAUAUGUCGAGUCUGGCAAUGACUAUAGUAGCUCUAAAGUUAUGCUAAGGAAUGGCCCUUUACAAACCUUCGAUACAGCAGAAGCUGGAUGGGCAGUAAACCCAAAAGUAUACAAUGACAACAACACCCACUUAUUUGCAUAUUGGACAGUCGAUGGUAUGAAAAAUACAGGGUGCUUUGAUCUCACUUGUCCUGGAUUCGUUCAGACAUCAAGUGAGGUCGUUCUUGGAGGGGAUAUUAGUGACUUAUAUGGAUCUGAUAUCACUAUUCAAAUAUCCAAGGAUCCAUACACAUCGAACUGGUUUUUAAGAUACAACGACAACGAAGUUGGGUAUUGGCCAGGGGAAAUCUUUCCGAUACUGAGACAUCAAGCAAACUUGGUCCAAUGGGGAGGUGAAGUCUCCAGCCCGAAUGUUGGAACCCACCCACAUACAGCAACAGCCAUGGGCAGUGGAAAGUUUGCUGAUUUCAUAUUUGGGAGUUCAGGAACGAUAAAAGGGAUGUUGGUCGAAGAAAAUUCGAAUCCUCUAAAGCCACCAGAAAAUCUUUACCCUAGCUCCGAUGAGUGGGAUUGCUAUGAUGCAUACCUCUUGAAAGAAUAUGUCAAGGAACCAUCGUUCUUUUAUGGGGGUCCAGGUAGUCGUAACAAUCCUAGGUGCCCGUAAAUUAAUGGCAGUUGUCAGUUGUAGAAUACAUGUUAUGAGUAUGUUGUUAUUUAUAAUACUAAGAUUCUGGCUUUUA